AUGCCAUCGUACGGAUCGUUGCAUUCGCCAUCUCUCCGCAAAAUGAACGGCGGAAUGGAUAUGAAGGGCCGGAGGACAGGCGGGAUGAGGACUAUGAGUAUGGAUAACAUCCUGGGCGAUCCAUUCGCACUGGCGACGGUAUCUAUUGCCAUGCUUGCUUGGGUUAUAGCUUUCGUCGGAUCAAUAAUUGCGACAGCACAGAAGCUUGACAAUGCUUUUCCGAAUUACUCCUGGUUUGCCAUAGCGUAUAUGCUGUGCUGCAUCGCUGGGGUAUUUGUGGUUAUCGCAUCAGACACGACACAGACAUACCACGUUGCUAUCGUUGGGUAUCUUGCAUGUGGUUUGGUGUUGACGAGUUCAUCGGUCAAUUCUUUAAUUUAUUCUUCGAACGGUGCUAAGGAAGCAACCGCUGCUGGACAUAUCUUGCUUUCCAUGGUGAAUAUUGUGUGGAUCUUUUAUUUUGGAUCAACCCCCUCCGCCGUACCCCGUGCCUACCUCGACUCCUUCGCUCUCCACAAAGAUCACCGAACCUCCCAAGGUGGAAGGGGAAUGAGCUACGGAAAUGGAAUUGCAAAUGGGCGACCAGACACCUCGAUCUCCUCGAACGUCCCACCGCAGAUGUACACAUCAGCUCAACUUGGAGGGUUCGAGACUUCAUCGCCCGUUGCAGGGUUCCCAGGUGGACCAGUAGGAGGGGAUCGCAACUCAUCUCAGCCACGAUUUGGCAACGGGCCUACUCCAACCAGCAACCUAGGGACCAGCGGACCCAUGAGCAACGAGCAACAGCAAACGCCCGGGGAAGUUGUAGCGCCAACAGAGUACCCAUACCGGGCGAAAGCCAUCUACUCAUAUGAGGCCAACCCGGAUGACGCCAACGAGAUCUCUUUCUCGAAGCACGAAAUACUAGAAGUCUCCGACGUCAGCGGGAGAUGGUGGCAAGCCAAGAAAGAAAACGGAGAUACUGGCAUAGCACCAUCAAAUUACUUGAUCCUGUUAUAG